GAGCGUGACAACUUUACUAAACGUGAAACCCAACAACCGGCGGAGGCAAGCCAAACGGAUUAAGGAUUACAUUAGCGAGAUCUCCACGCACCCCGUAGUGUACCCUCUCUCUCCCCUCCCCAAAUCCAAGGUCUGUAGGUCUGGCGUGCCUCGAUUGAUCCCCGAAACCCUCUUCGCCUUAUCUCCUUCCCUCCAUGGCCACCAUCGUCCUCGAUUCGCUGACGGUUCCCCAUCCUCAUCACGGUUUACCGCCGGCUUCCGCUUCGAGGGGGGCGGCGGCUUGCUCUCCUCUCGGCCGCCGAGGAGUGGGGCUUCUGCCGGAAUUCAAGGGCCUGAGGAUCGCAACGCGUCCUCUGAAGGCAGCGGCCUCAGCGAAUGGGGCGUCGGGAUCGAGGGUGGUUCGCCGGCGAGCCGUGGUUUGCGAUGCUCAGGAGACGACGAUCCAAGGUAUUUGGACUUGCGUCUGCUGUUCAUUCACAAACAGGACUUAUAGACCAUUUUCUCCUACAACUUGCAUUCCAGAUGUGACCAACACUACAUGGCAGUCACUUGUCACGGAGUGCGAUAUUCCAGUGCUUGUGGAGUUUUGGGCUUCAUGGUGCGGACCCUGCCGAAUGAUUGAUCCUGUGAUUGGCAAACUGUCAAAGGCCUAUGAAGGAAAGCUGAAAUGCUACAAGCUCAACACCGAUGAAAACCCUGACAUAGCGACCCAGUAUGGGAUUCGAAGUAUCCCGACUAUGAUGAUAUUUAAGAAUGGCGAGAAGAAAGAUGCAGUGAUUGGGGCCGUGCCAGAAAGUACUUUAAUUAUGUGCAUUGAGAAAUUCAUAGAGAGGUAAAUUUGUUCAUUUUCAAGAACUGAACGUCUUCAAUUAAUUAUUUGGAGCUAGCUGGUAGUGUUGGUUUAUCUUUUCACUGGGUCAUUAUAGCUCUAUGUAUAUAGGUAUGGAGAUUAAAGGUGGUCUUGUCUUACAAUGUCAAUAUUUGAAAAUUGAUGGCAAUAAGUAUUGCUUGUAAUGAAGGUUGACGGACUCUGUUGACAACACAGUUUUCUUAUUCUAUUCCACAAUGUUGUUUCUCUCUUUUACUGCCA